CUCGGUACAUUUCAGGUGUAACUGCGAUGUGGUGCCGCCGCCUGCUGAGCUCGGCGCUGGCCCAGGCCCGCCCCAGGGCCCCGGGCCGGGAGCAGUCGGCGCUGGCUCAGCUCGCGGGCAUCCUAGAAAGCCAACUGGACACGAUCCGGGGGGCGGGCACGUGGAAGAGCGAGAGGAUCAUCACCUCCAAGCAGGGGCCCCACAUUAGCGUGGAGGGCAGCGGGGGAGAGAUCCUUAAUUUUUGUGCCAACAACUACUUGGGCCUUUCCAGCCACCCAGAGGUGAUCCAAGCCGGUGUGAAGGCCCUGGAGCAGUUUGGAGCAGGCCUCAGCUCCGUCCGAUUCAUCUGUGGAACACAGAGCAUCCACAAGGCCCUGGAGGAGAAGAUCGCCAACUUCCACCAGAGGGAGGACGCCAUACUCUACCCAAACUGCUUUGAUGCUAACACUGGACUGUUUGAGUCUCUACUGCUUCCUCCUUCACUGGGCUUAUAUGUGGCUCUUUGUUACACUUCGCUCUGUGAUCCCCCAGCCCUGACUGACUGACAUGGAGGUGUGCGCCCUCCAAAAGGGGACUUCCCAAGUCCAGCUCCUACCCUUGUCUCCCUGCAGAAACAUCGGCUGAGGCUGGUGGCCACAGAUGGGGCCUUCUCCAUGGAUGGGGACAUCGCCCCUCUUCGGGAGAUCUGCCAGCUGGCCCAGAAAUACCGUGCUCUGGUCUUUGUAGAUGAGUGUCACGCCACGGGCUUCCUUGGACCAACUGGACGGGGCACUGAUGAGCUGCUGGGAGUCAUGGACCAAGUCACCAUCAUCAACUCCACCCUGGGAAAAGCCUUGGGGGGGUCUUCAGGGGGCUACACGACGGGGCCGCGGGACCUCGUCGCUCUUCUCCGGCAGCGCUCUAGGCCCUACCUCUUCUCCAACAGCCUUCCCCCUGCGGUCGUGGGGUGCUCGUCCAAGGCCUUGGACCUCCUCAUGGAGAGCAAUGCCAUCGCCCAGUCCAUGGCUGCCAAGACCCGCCGGUUUCGUAGUGAGAUGGAGGCUGCUGGUUUCACGAUCUCAGGCAGGGAGCACCCCAUCUGCCCUGUGAUGUUGGGAGAUGCCCGAUUGGCAUCAGUCAUGGCUGAGGACAUGCUGAAGAGAGGUAUCUACGUCAUUGGCUUCAGCUACCCCGUGGUGCCCAAGGGAAAGGCACGGAUCCGAGUUCAGAUCUCGGCAGUUCACAGCGAGGAAGACAUUGCGCGCUGUGUGAAGGCUUUUGUGGAGGUGGGAAGGCAGCAUGGGGCAAUCCCAUGAGGGCCUUCCUGGGAAACCAGCAUUCCUAGUGGUCAGGGGGAAGACUGGGCUUCCUCUCCCCAAAGCCUGACCCUGGGGAGCCAAAGAGACCCUGAACCUCCAGAGGACAGAGGAGAAAGCACACCAGCCAGCCCAGAGCCAGACUUCUUCUCUGCAAUGCCUUCUCCUGUGCCCAUCAAGCCAAGUGCCUGAGGACUGAAUACUUGAUUUUUUACAUUUUAUAUUUCCGGUCUGUUGAAAAAUUCUAGCUGGGCUGAGCCCCUGAGGGCACGUCUAAUAAUUAUAGCGGUGCAGAAAUGGAA